AUGCAAUUACAGACCCUCGCAACUACAUGCUUAGUGUUGGCGGCAAAGUACGAAGAAGAUCGUGAUAUAGGAGUUCGUGAUGUCAUAAAUGCGAGUCAUCGAAUACUGCAUCCGGAAGGCGAUCCAGCAAAGCUUAACGACCACAUGUACGAAUUGAGAAGAGGCAUAUCGGAACUGACAUUUGUUGUGCUCCGCGAACUUAACUUCGAUCUAAGUUUCGGGCAUCCCUUCGAUUUAUUAGCAGCAUAUCUAGACACACUGCGUUCGUGGAUGCCAAAAGAAUUUUCUGAUAAACCCAUCAUUGACUCCUGCAACACAAUGCUCAGAGACUGCUACUCUGUGCCGGAUUUUGUCUUGUCCCACUCAUCCCAUUCCCUUGUUAUCGCCGUUAUCUCAUUGGUAUUGAAAGGCAUGGAUGUUGACGUUCCACAUUGUCGCGAUUGGUAUGAAGCCCUUAAUAAGUCGAUGACUGAGCAAAGACUACAAAGAGUAGAAUUGGAGAUUAUCAGAAAGGUUUACGAGUUGAACUCAUGUACAAAUUGA